ACAAUGACGCAUUCCAAAUGCGACUCAACGUGGAACGCGUCGUAUAAACGCUGCUAAGAGCGCUGCAGGUUGAGAGGUUAAAACAGUUAAAAAUUGUCUAUUGAACUAUGAAAGUACACUAUUCACCAAGCAGUUGAAAAGGCUGGACUCUAAUCUGUCCAUAGUUCAUCCCAUUUCGAAGUUCCAAUGAGGCAAACGAGGCAGUAACGGUAGGGCAGGCUGUAGCUAGCAGCUCACCAUUUGUUACCCACCCAUGUUACCGUUAGCACAUUUAGCCAAGGUGUUUUCGUGUAAACACGUGUAAAGAAGAAAACGUCCCAGACUGGGUAAACCCCGAGUAUGGAGGAGUGCAAAUUGUUGUGUUAGCUAAGGGACAUGCGAGUUUUUAAACUGCGUUGACAACUUUUUAAGGACAUUUAUAAUCGUUACGUCUCUCUGCUCCUGGAUUUGACUAAAAUUAUAUGAAAAUACCUGUCACUAAGUAAUCUGUGCACACGUGUCUGCAAAGCCUUCAUGUUUGUGAGCAGGUCCUCAACUCAAGGAGGAAGUAACGUUACUUGCUAUGCAACAGAGUGGUCACGGUUUUAUUAUGCAAUUGUUCCCAUUGUAGAUUGCUCUAAUGAAGAGGCCACCAGAAGGGGGAGGAAAAGCAAAGACGAUCAAGUAAGCUUUGGAAAUCUCAAGGUGGACCAUGGACGAGACGAAAUUGACUGCUGUUCUUGCGUUGCUGCACAUGAGCUGUUGCACUUCACUUCACAGCAGCUGAAAAGAAACCCACAACACUGUCACGUGACUCCCCAUCGCCGACUCUAGCUGGCCUCUCCAAGAUGCCCCGCACACAGACAAAAAAGGGAUUCCUGUCUUCCGUCGAGGGAGUUUCCCGUCUCUCCAGGCCAGCCAAGACACGCGUGUGUUGUAAAUUACAGCUUUGGAUGUGGAGAAAGCGAAGGGAGGCCCGACGAAUUGGGACAUUCAGGAAAAAGAAAAGAGCUUGUGGGAUCAGCUUUGGCCUCUCGAACACUGUAACAACCCAGUCAGAGAAAAAUAAAAGCAAAGUCCGAAUGUACCACACAUCAAAUGUAGAAAAUUCACUUAGAGCAUCGGUCCUUGUAUCCCCUCUCGGAUCUGAUACUGGAGCUUCAGGCGUGCUCAAAGGGAAGAAUCCCCCGCUGAAGCUUUGUGACUCUGUCAAUUUGUCAGAACCGCUGAACGCUUCCACUUUGUUGCACACUCUGGUUAUGGACACAAAUGUUUCUGCGUGUGCCAUCAGUCCAAUCGUGCCCACAGCUACACGGCCUAAAACUUCUGUACAGCUCGGUGAAGUGACGGAGCCUUCAAAGCUUCCACACACCGUCCGAACCCUGUUGAGCACAGAGAGCCAGCCAGGAGUUUUAACUGCACAUUUGAAAGCAAGAGGGGUAAAGGUACACGUUCAAAGGCCCGAGGUUGAGGGCCCUUCAGGACAAAUCACAGCUGUCACUCCAGGUCAGGAGCAAGUGACGAACCAGGUCGCUCAAGAGAGAAUCACUAGUAGAAAGACUUCUCUAACUGAUAUCAGCGUUCUAAGACAGGAAAUCCAAGAAUUUCUCAAGGAUUUCUACAGAAUGUAUGGAUGUUUCAUCCCAUUACAAAAAAGAGACGUUUUGAGACAUCUGGAGAGGAAGUUUCACACAGAUUUCAGCGACAGGAAAAAUUUCGUCAUCUCAGAAGUUAUCAAAUCCCAAACUGUCAUUGUUCAGAAGCCUGUUCCCUCCUUCCAGGUGGUCUACAAGAAGCACACACUGACACUGGAUGACUUGUCCACACUGGCAGAUCAGAACUGGCUCAACGACCAGGUCAUUAACAUGUACGGGGAAUUAAUUCUGGAAUCUUCCCAUCACCAGGUCCAUUUUCUCAACAGCUUCUUCCACAGGCAGCUCAUGACUAAAGUAUGAUGUGUUA